CCUCUGAAAGCUCAUCUCAACUUCAGUGGAGAAGUGGAUGUUGUUAACAAAGUGGCAGGUGCCAAAACAACAGGGAUAUUCUCAUCCAGAAUAAUUGGAUUUCUUAGUCUGAUUGUGGUUGGCGUCGGUGUGUACUGUAUGCCUGGACUUGUGGGUGUUGUCUGUCGCGCUGUCAGCACCAUGGCCGAGUCCUAUCUCGCUGGAUCCGCCUCCAUGGCGUUUGUGACUGUACCCAAUAUGGAUGUCGCCAAGAAGCUUGCCCAUGGCAUCGUGAAGCAGAGGCUGGCUGCAUGUGUGAACAUCCUCCCUGGCAUCACCUCCGUGUAUGAGUGGGAAGACAAAGUGGAAGAAGAUCCGGAACUACUGUUGAUGAUCAAGACUCAGUCAUCUAAGGUAGAUGAACUGUCAGCAUAUGUCAGAUCUAACCACCCAUAUGACUGUGCGGAGGUGAUAUCUUCAAAGAUUGACAAUGGCAACCCUCCAUAUCUGAAGUGGAUCGCGGACACAGUUCAGAAGAUCCCGGUGGAGGAAAAGAAAGACAGCUGAACAACCUUAAGGCUAAUCUCUCACUAAGAGUCAGAAGAGAGAAGUUAAAGUGGAUGGAUGUUUUUGUCCUCUGUGCAAUCACUUUCACAUUUCCUGUUGGAUCCAGAUCGAUAUAUUGGGAGCUGCUUUCCCGGCGAGUUCUGUCACCUUCAUACCAUGUGCUUUGACAACAGCAGUACAGGUCGUCAUCAGUCUUGUCAUGCUGUACAGCUUCUCAUGAGGUGGUGUUAGGAAAUACAAGACGUUCAUGGAUGUUUGGAAUGUCAUGUAGUUUGGGAUAUUUCAGACUGCAUGUAAGCUAGCACUCUUGGCAAGGACUGGGCAAAGGUAGUUAGUUAUUUUAAUAAUGAUCAAGCCAAAUCAGCAUUGGGAACACCUGUAAUGGGUUUGACAUAUUGUAUCCAUGGGUAGUGAAAUCUGGGAAUUAGGGACUGUUCAUAAUUCAUGGCUAGAGGGGGUGAUGAUGAUUUUUAUGGAGAAGCAUGUACAAUGUGAAUGACCCCCACUAAAAUUUAU